AUGGCGCUGUGGCUGCUGCGGCGCCGCCUGCCCCUCCCCGGGCCCGGCGGCCGCGGGCACGCCCGGCUCGGCCCCGCCGCCCAGCCCGCCGCCAGCACCCAGCCCGCCGCCCAGCCAGCCGCCCAGGAACCGGCCGAAGAUGCUGAAGUCAGUACCAGAAAGAAGACAUUCACUGAGGUCCAAAGAGAACGACUGGAUCAAGCUGAACGGACUGUUUUAAUUAAGUGCCCAUCAAAACUUAACGAAAAAAAAUUAUUGCAGUAUUUAUCCAGUCAUGGAAAUGUUAGAAGUCACUUCUUCUUUGAAAAUCGUGGCAUCAAUGCUUUAGUAGAGUUUUCAGAAAAGAGCAGUAUAGCCUCGUUGCAGGAUGCUGUUGGAAUCCCAAAUGCUGCAGAGCAUCAUGUUGUCCCAUUUAAAUCGAGACUUUUUACUUUCACGCUGAAAAACCCAGUGAGUCAACCUGCUGAAGAGACACCACUUCACCUCUCUCCUCAGUGUCACAUUCCAGUGACAGACCUUAUUCAAAAGCUUUGUCUUGCAGACAGCAUAAGCAGUCAGAUGUACAUUCUACUGAAUGAGUAUCAGCUUACAGAAGAAAAUAUCAAGCUCCGAUUUCUGGCCUGUUCUUUGGUUCGGGAUUUCGCACGUGCUUAUUUUCCAGACAGCACAGUAAAGCCGUUUGGCUCUUCAGUCAACACCUUUGGCAAACUGGGAUGUGAUGUGGACAUGUUUCUGGACUUCCAUGAUACACGAAAGAGUCCUACAAAAAUGAAAAAAGGUCCCUUUGAAAUGGAGUUUCAGAUGAAAAGAUUACCAUCUGAAAGAUUAGCGACUCAGAGGAUUCUUUCUGUGAUUGGUGAUUGCCUUGAUAAUUUUGGUCCUGGAUGUGUGAGUGUACAGAAGAUACUCAAUGCUCGCUGCCCUCUGGUGAAGUUUUCCCAUCAACCGACAGGAUUCCAGUGUGAUCUGUCAGUGAGCAACAGCAUUGCUAUCAGAAGUUCAGAACUCCUGUAUAUCUAUGGCUGUCUGGAUUCCCGAGUACGAGCACUGGUGUUCACUAUACGGUGUUGGGCCCGUGUUCAUGGACUUACAAAUAGUGCUCCUGGUACCUGGAUUACCAACUUCUCUCUGACCAUGAUGGUCAUGUUUUUUCUGCAAAAGAGAUCACCACCUAUCAUUCCAACGCUAGACCAACUUAAGGAACUGGCAGAUGCAAAAGACAAGCAUAUAAUUGGAGGAUAUGAUUGCUCAUUUGUUAGUGAUUUAAGGAAGAUUAAACCUACAAAAAAUACAGAAACACUUGAUGUAUUAUUGGGUGAAUUUUUUGAAUAUUUUGGAAACUUUGAUUUUAGAAGGAAUUCCAUAAAUCUUCGAAAGGGAAAGGAAGUAAAUAAACCUGAAUCAUCUCCUCUUUAUAUCUGGAAUCCCUUUGAACAAGACCUUAAUAUCAGCAAGAAUGUUAAUCAGCCACAGCUGGAGAAAUUCAUUGCUAUGGCCAGAGAAAGUGCCUGGAUUUUACAGAAGGAAGAUAAAACUCAGAAAAUAAUCAAUAAAGAACCUUGGGGACUGGCAGCACUGCUGAUACCAUUUGGAAAAAGUAAUUCCAGCAAGAUGAAGAAUAGGAUGAAAGGAAUAGGAAGUGAAACAAUCAGAAGCCUCUUGGACUCUUUAAAGUUAAAUAAUGCAAACACAACAAAAAGCAGUGGGAAAAUGACUUUCAGCACAGAAACACAGUAGCUAAUAUUGUGUUUUAGGAACUGUAUGUGACACACAGUCCAAAGAACAUAACUUUUAAUAUUUCUGUUAUGGGGAAUAGAGAAUCAAAUUAUCUCUGGUUUUCAUUGUGAUUCUUUUUGUACAGGUCUCCUUUCUGUACAUUUUUCUGCUCCUUGCUCUUCACUUUUCCAUCUGCUUUAUGAAUGAAUAAUAUUCAAAUACAAGUUUAACAGGUACAUUUUGGAAAUAGCCUUCUGUUGAGCACUCUUUUAAAAAAAAAGACUGACAGGAGCAGCAUGGGAAAGAGUCUUUGGGAAUUCUCUUGGCUAACAUACAAAUGAUAUGCUAAGUAAAAGCUCAAGAAACAGCCACCUUUCAGUGAAACCACAGUUUGAAAGAAGAUGAAUGUGUUGGAACCAUUGCUUCCAAUCCAGUCAUGUACUGGAAGCCAGUAAAACCGAAGUGCAUGCAUCUAUUUUUGCAAUUGUUUUCCAUUCAUGUAGAUAGUACCAAGACAAAAUAAAGAUAAUGGAAUUAGA